AUGAAUAUUAUGAAGGAUGCCAUCUCCGAGGCAGUAAAAAGUGUCCAAUCUUCGAGGAAGAUAACAGGACUUGAGUAUGAGGACCUUUGCAUUCACCCUGACUUGGAAAUACCCGAAGGUUACAAAAUUCCAAAAUUUGAAACCUUCAAUGGUAUUGGGAACCCUAUGACUCAUCUACGAGCUUAUUGUGAUAAACUUGUGGGCAUCGGGAAAAAUGAUGCAUUGAUUAUGAGAUAUUAUUUGGAAAAAAUCAAGCAAAAGAACACGGAGGACUAUCGUGAAUAUGCGUGUCGCUGGAGGAAAGAAGCUGCAAAGGUACAACCUGUGAUGACUGAAAGCAAAAUAACCUCUGCUUUUAUUCGAGCUCAGGAGCCUGAGUAUUAUGAAAGGAUGUUGCCUAUGAUGGGACAGAAGUUUUCGGAGUUGAUCAGAAUGGGAGAAGCCAUAGAAGAUGGCCUCAAGUCUGGAAAGGUUACAAGUCUCACUGCCUUGCAGGCCGCCAACAAAUCCUCACCAUCCAUAACCACAGAAUUCACUAGGAAAAAGAAAGAGGACGUCUGCUGUAUCUUUUAG